UUAUAUUAUUUUAAAUUAUAAUCUAAAAAUUUAAUUUCAUAAAUUUUCAAUAAUUUUAUUGUGACGGGGGCUCUAAAUGAGUUGAGCCAAGUUCUUGCUUAAUCGGGCAAGUUUGUCUAAGAGUUUGAACUCGAACUCAAGUGAAAAUAUGAGACUAGAGCUCGACUUGAAUGCCCAAACUUGAUAAGAAAGCUCUAGAUUUACUUUUUUUCUUAGCUUAAUUUCUUAUUUUGAAUUUAGACAAAAAAAAAAAAAAAAAGAUUAAUAUAAAUGAGAACGUGUUAGUUAUUAAUUAUUAUCAUUCGAGCUAGCUCGAAAAGCAGACGAGCCACCAAGUCGCCCGCUCCGGCGACGCAGCCGCAGUGGAAUUACCGCAGCUUCUUCCAUCGUAUCCUGGCAGAUCUUUCAUCUAUUCCUUAUUACGACGAACGCCAAAACCCAUGAGCGGGGCGGCGGCGGUAUCAUCUUUACCGGCCAAGGCCGUCCUCGGCACCGCCGGAAGCCACAGAGCUCGGCUGAAGGUCGCUGUCAAAGAAUGGGGCAGAUCCGAUGUUCUCAAGCUUAGCUACGCGCUCGAUCUCUUCCAGAACUUGCUCGAUACUGAUCCAAAGCCGCCCAUCUAUUCAUUCAACACAAUCCUUAUCAGCAUCUCCCGGAUGAAGCAAUUCCCCGCUGCAAUCUCCCUUUUUAACUCCAUGAACCGCGCUGGCGGCAUUUGCCCAAACUCCCACACAUUCGGCAUUCUCGUCGAUUGUUGCUGCAGGAUGCGAAGCGUCGAUCUCGGGUUCGGCAUAUUUGCCGCCAUGUUGAAACGCGGCUGCGGCCCCAAUACUGUGGUCUUUACAUCCUUGAUAAGGGGCCUCUGCUACGAACACCGGAUCAAUGAUGCCGUCGCGCUGUUCGACGAAAUGCCCCUUAUGGGAUGUCCACCCAACGUCGUCACUUUCACGACCAUAAUCAAGGGAAUUUCAAGUAGCGGCAGCGGCAAGUCUGCCAUUGUCCUGGACCUGCUCCGCAGGAUGUCGGAGAUAGGCGGCGCUUGCAAGCCUGAUGUGGUGGCGUACACUGCUGUCAUUGACGCGCUUUGUAAGGACGGUGACUUGGAAAAGGCUUCUGAGCGUUUUCAAGAGAUGGAAGCGUUGGGGAUUCAUCCUAAUGUCUUCACUUACAGCGCGAUCAUUGAUGCUUACUGUAAAGGCGGCUCUUUGAAGAAGGCGGUGAGUCUGUUUGAGGAAAUGGUUGUGAAAGGCGUUUCCCCGAAUAUUGUUACCUGUAAUACUGUCAUCGAUGCACUCUGCAGACAUGGAGCGGUGGAAAAAGCCGCAGAACUUUUUGACCUGAUGAAGCUCGCUGGGUUCCCCCCGGAUGUUGUCACCUUUAACAGUAUCGUUUAUGCCCUCUGCAAAGAAGAAUUGGCUGUUGAAGCUCAUAAGUUUCUGGAUUUCAUGUCUGAUAAUGGUGUGGAGCCGGAUGCCGUGACAUACACAGCUUUAAUGGAUGGAUACGCCAGGAUAGGAAAAACGGACGAUGCCCUGAAUGUUUUUGAUCUAAUGGUUUCUAAAGGGAAAAAACCGGAUGCCGUUACUUACUGCAUAUUGAUCAAUUUAUAUUUGAGGACAGAAAAGACAGAUUUAGCUUUAAAGAUAUUUGAUGAUUUGCCCAAGAAGGGAUUUGAACACACUGCCACUAUAUGUAACGUUGUAUUGACUGAACUGUAUCGUGUGGGACGAGUAGCUGAUGCUAAAAGAACACAUGAGAAGAUGGUGGCUGCUGGUGUUACUCCAGAUAUUGAAACCUACCAUGCAAUUAUUCGAGGACUUUGUAAAAACCAUUGCGUUGAUGAGGCAAUGGAUAUAUUUCAAGUCAUGCAAUCCCAAAAUUUCAAAGCUGAAGUCAAGACCUUCAACUUCAUGAUGGAUGGGCUGUACAAAGCUGGUAAGUAUAAGUUGGUUAGGGAUCUCUUUGAUGGACUUCCUGCCAAAGGUUUGUCACCUGAUGCUUUCUCCUAUACUGUAUUGAUGAAUUCUCUUAUAAGUGAUGGUUUGCUGCAUGAGUUUGAGGAGUUGUAUCAAUCAAUGGAGAGAUCUAAAUGUAUUUUAGAUUCAACUAUGCUCAAUACUAUUGUUCAGAGCUUACUCAAGAAGGGAGAUAUCAGGAAAUCCAUUGAUUUUCUUAAUAGAAUGGAAAAGCAGAAAUUUUCUCUUGAAGAGCCCACGGUUUCACUAUUAAAUUCUUUGCUCAAGGAGAACGAAAAUUUUCAAGAACAUCUGAAGUCACUAGCUGAUUUUCCACGGAAAAAUGCUAAUUUUAGGGAUGAGGUUUGUAUCAAUUCAUUGAUCGAAUGUUUCAAGACGUAUUUGCUACAAGAUGAAGCCUCAAGAGAGUGAUGGUACAGUUGUCUUUGCUUGAUAUGUCAAAUGGUUAGCAAAUUGACAACUCCAUGUUACAUGCAACCUUUGUGAGGAUAAGGCUCUCAGCACACUAUUAUCAAUAGAAAGUUAUGCAGUCCAUCGGUAAACCUGCACAGUCAUGGCUGUCAUAUGUUGCAAGCUGGCCUUAAAGUGCUGGAGCAUUUUAAGAGAUUGAAGCAUGUGUAUCAGCUUCUUUAGACGUCAAUUUGCUUGAGAUCAAGAAGUCAGUCUUCAUUGUUCAUCGAGUUAGUGGAGUUUGUCACAGGUUUGAAAUCAAGGCUUUCUAAAAGCCCAUAAACAAUUCCACCAUCCAUUUUGCUUGAAACGGUUUUCCUGCUGGAUAUUGUCCUCAAGAUUUUGCUGAGAAUCACUAACUGAAGUUUGAGGUACAAGAUCAAACCCUUAUACGGCCUUCAUAUUGUUUUCUAGAUCUUAGCAUGUUGUUUCCAUAUGAUGAAUCAUAAAUGUGUUUAUCAUUGUGUUAGGGUCAUAAAAACCCCUAUCUUAUAUGGUAAAUUUUUUUUAUGCGGAUUAUGAAGACCUCAGCAUCUUGAAAAGAAAAACUAACUACAACUCAAUUUGAUUGAAUUAGUACCCAAGUAAGUCUAAAUUUACCUGAUUGACCUCCAAACAAACUACAAGAGGUUAGAAAAAUAACCCAAACAGCCAUGAAUGACAUAAAUUGGACUGGUCUGUGAUGGGGACAUCGACAGGAUAUUUCGGCGCGUUUAUCAGAGACGAGACAGGAGAUCGAUGGCCAUGAUGGAGAGCCUUUACUAUUGAUGCUUAUUUGUAUUAGCAUUUUAUGUAUUAUGCAUUUCUUUUUUCAGUUUUUCCAUUUUUGCCCUUAUGGGUAGUUGAUUGCUUUUGUAGCCCAAGGGGCAUGUUAGUCUUUUUUAUUAGUUGUCAUGUAGAGCCUAUAUAUAUGGCUUUUGUAUCUUGUAUGAGGAUUGAUUAUUGAUGAAUGAAAAUAUUUUAUUUUGUUGUUC